AAAACAAAUAUAUGUGUUGUUCUUGUUAUUCAAACUAUCGGAUCACUGUGUUUAUUUAAAUUUUACAUACAUGUACAGGCCUUAGUCGCUGUAGCAUCCAAUUAUAAUAUACUAAUAUUUCCACAAUAUGCGCGAUUACUGUUAAUUAAUAUUUUUACUGAAAAGCUGUACUGUAAGAUAGUAUAGAUAGUACAUCUAUAUUUCACAAGCCUAAACUCACCGAUUUAUUGUUAUUGUAAAUAUUUUACACGUUUUUCAUUUCAUUUAGACUGUAAAUAUAGUUUGUUUAACUUUUGCUAUAUAACUUACCUAGGACGAGUUUUUCCGGAAUUGUCCUGACUGUUCAUAAUUAUUUGGAUUUUUGUUCAUAGUUAUCAUAUCCGGUUUGUUUUUUUUUACUUUACAAACAUGUGAACCAGUAAUUGGAUGACUAACAAUGAUAUAAGCACUUUUAAAGCGCGAUUCAUUAAUGGAAAUGAAAGUACACGAUCCACAUGGGUGAAGUUGUCAAAGACAGAGGCGCAGCAGAAUGGACCAUUGAAAGGAGUGAAGUUCUCAGAUCACAGUAGCGCCAUUAAAAGGAACUCGACGAUCGAACCUGGGUAUGUGAGAGUGAAUCUGCCUUUGAAUGGAAGGUUGUACAGCUACACUGUAAGUUUCGAUGGAGAUCGUCGUGAAAUAGACCCGAACAACACUUUUAUCGUGCCCAAUAAUGACUCAAUUGUCGUCAAAAUUGAGAGAAUGAUGGGGUUUAAACAGCCUGCUUAAUUAGGACUGACGAGUCUGUACACAGAAUCUGGGAAAGAAAACUAUUAUAAACAUCAAAUCAAAAUUAUACAGAUUAUUUGUUUACUCCAAGUCUCUUAAAUGCAAAAUCAAAUAAAAAUUAUGACUUUUUUGUUUAA